CGCUGACUAACUGAAGCUAUUGAGCACGGAGAGAAAACAUCAAAAACAAGAAAUAGCCCCCUCCUUCAGCGCGUGUCACAAUCGCAAGCAGGACUCGACCAGGAUAACGCUUGUGAAGGGCGACGACUCCAGUUAGCUAGCUAGGUACUCCCUAAACAUAGCUAACCAGCUUUAUUCUAUAGUAACCUAGAAUUAGGUAACACUUGCUAACCAUUAAGAAAGCUAAUGUUGCUAAUAUUACUGUUUAGCUAACUGGCUAACGGUACUUUUUAGCUUGCUUAUCAGCUAGCCAGCUCAGCUCCUACUAGCUAGUGAGCUAGCGGAUUGAAACGCGGGUUUGACGGUUCAGUUUAUAUUACAAAAUACAGCAGGCUUGCUAACUGCAUUAGAAAGUUAUAAGAGCGGUUGACAGAUUUUAAUUUCGUUACAUUUUUCAAGCUCACUUAUCUAACGCUAGAUACAAUCCAGACUGAGCUGGACUCCGUUCCAUAAGCUAAUGUUAGCGAGUGCGAGCUAGAUGGUGGCUAAAUUCACAUAGCGUGCUAGCUGAUUUGACUUGCGGGAGUGGACUGUCUGCAUAUUAAUUUCUAAUUAACUUGCUAACAUGUGCAUGCUUGGAGUAAUUGUGGUUGGGUUCCAAAGAUGUUAUCAUCAACUAGAUAGCCAUAUGCUAUGCUUUUAAACUUCAUUGAGUGUAGAGGUAAGUUAAGCGUGGUUAGGCACUAACAACAGCAACAUAGUGCCAGCGAAUCGAAUUCGCAGCACAGGACUUUAGCUAGCACUAGCUGUAUGGUUUGUUUGGACUUCAGUGUUCUUUGAUACCCCAGUAAAUAAGCUAGUCCCUCUAUUCGCCCCCCUUCGGGUUCAACUGUUCAACUGAAGACCCAAGGCCAAGAUUGAUAAACCGGAGGCAGGAUCUCUGAGCGGCGCGGGCGCCCAGCGUGUGGGGAUUGAUUGGCUGGUGGGUGUGGCCGGCGGGCUGGCUCCUCCCCCUCCGGGCGGCAGCGUGCGCUCCCAGCCGGCCCCCUGCGCCCCGCGCUCGCCCGGCCUGCGCCCCCGCGCCCAUGCCCCCAGCGCCGCGCGGCCCUCCAACGCCAUGUGCCUCCCGCCCGCCAUGGAGCCGGGCAGCCACGGCCGGGGCCGCGGGGAGGGCGGCGUGCCCCUGGAGCCCUUCGUGCACCAGGUGGGCGGGCACACCAGCAUGAUGCGCUACGACGACCACACGGUCUGCAAGCCCCUGAUCGCCCGCGAGCAGCGCUUCUACGAGUCGCUCCCGCCCGAGAUGAAGGAGUUCUCCCCCGAGUACAAAGGCGUGGUGCUGGUGUGUUUCGAGGGGGACAUGGACGGCUACAUUAACCUGGUGGCGUACCCGUACGUGGAGAGCGAGGGGCUGGACCACGAGGACCUGCCUGAGAGGGACCAACCGCGACGCAAACACUCCCGCCGCAGUCUGCACCGCUCCAGCAGCGACCACAAGGAGGAGCGGCCCGCCCACGAGAGCGACAGCAGCGAGAACCUGCAGGAGCUGAAGAGCCCGCGGCUGGACCUGCAGAUCCACUCGGAGGUGCCCUUCCAGAUGCUGGACGGGAACAGCGGCCUGACCUCGGAGAAGAUCAGCCACAACCCCUGGAGCCUGCGCUGCCACAAGCAGCAGCUGAGCCGCAUGCGGUCUGAGUCCAAGGACAGGAAGCUCUACAAGUUCCUGCUCCUGGAGAACGUGGUGCACCACUUCAGCUACCCGUGCAUCCUGGACCUGAAGAUGGGCACGCGGCAGCACGGCGACGACGCCUCCGAGGAGAAGGCCGCGCGCCAGAUGAAGAAGUGCGAGCAGAGCACGUCCGCCACGCUGGGGGUGCGCGUCUGCGGCAUGCAGGUGUACCAGAUGGACACGGGCCACUACCUGUGCAGGAACAAGUACUACGGCCGGGGGCUGUCCAUCGAGGGCUUCCGGGCGGCGCUGUACCAGUUCAUGCACAACGGGGCGCAGCUGCGCAGGGACCUGUUCCAUCCCAUGCUGGGGAAGCUGCGCAGCCUGAAAGCCGUGCUGGAGAGGCAGGCCUCGUACCGCUUCUACUCCAGCUCCCUGCUCAUCAUCUACGAGGGCAAGGAGCCGGGCCCCGAGGGGCCCCCCGAGAGGGAGCCCGCGCAGGGGCCCGCGGAGGGGCCCGCCCACCCGCCUGCCCCCCUGCCUGCCGCGGACCGCGCGCAGGAGCUCCCCCCGCCCCCCUCGGAGCCCCGCGGAGUCGCACCGCCCCCGCACCCGCCCCCCAGCGUGGACGUGCGCAUGAUCGACUUCGCCCACAGCACCUUCAAAGGUUUCCGCGACGACCAGACUGUGCAUGACGGGCCUGACAGGGGCUACAUCUUUGGACUGGAGAGCCUCAUCAAGAUCCUGGAGGGCAUCCGGGACGAGCUCCCGUAGCUAAAUAAAGAAAAGGGAAUAAAAGCAAGCCCCGCCCCCCUCCACCCCCAACCCCACCUUUGACACUGAGAUAAUAUAAUUAAAUAAAAAUGCAAAACAAAUCUAAAAACAUGGUGACAUUUCCCAGAAUGAAUGAAAAGCACAUUCAUAGGCAAAGAAACUAAGGAAUGACUGCUUUUGUAGCGAUGAUGGAGAUGGACGCUCAAGGUUUUAGAAACCCUUUGAUCUCCUCAUUGAUUGGCACCUAGGAAAAAGGUGGCAACUUGUGGCAGGGUCUACAGCCCCACUGUCUGGACAGACACAGCUGCUCCCCCCCAAUAACCCCCCUCAUCCGGCAGCAUAGAAGGACGUGUCUGCCUUGUGUGUUCAUUGCCACCAUGUGGCCACUUCUGGUAUUGCAUCAAGGCACGGGUCAGAAAUAAUAAAACGCAGCUGAAGCUCAGGGCAAGUCCAGGGUCAGGCCCUGUCUUAACACUGUGGGGUUGGUAUGGGGGAGUGUGUGUGUGUGUGUGUGUGUGUGUGUGUGUGUGUGUGUGAGAGAGAGCGUGCACGUGUGUGUGUGUGUGUGUGUGUGUGUGAGCAUGCGUGUGUGUUUGUUUGUGUCUGUGCCUGUUAUUGUGCACAUGAGGGGGGUGUUGUUUUGGGGUGGGGUGACACCCCCACAAAACCUCUUCUCAGCAACAGUAUUCCCAUUGUGGUUUAAAAGGGGAGUUGAAAGCUUUACUCUAAAGGGAGCUGGAUGCUGGACAGUCAAACAGUUAUCUUAAUGGGAAGGAAAAAGCUGAACCCCCCCCCCCCUUUACUACCCAGUUUUAAAUACUACAGCUUUACUGUAUGGAAAUUCUAUAUAUAACAGGUCACAUUCUUAUGAUUUUGUAAGCUACUUCUUGUCAUCUUAUUCACUUCCACUACCAUCUUUCAUUUAUCGUAGUAUCUUAGUUUCCAUAUAUUUAGCAUACUCUAGCUUUUAGACUCCAUCCACCAGGUAACAUAGUUCAGCCAGUCCCAGGCUGGGCUGUGGGACGGAUGAUUUUUUAAUUUAUUUUUAUUUUAUUUUAUUUUAAUGUUUUUUUCCCCCCUGACCCAUUGGUGUUAUUGCAUUACAAAGCGUUUCUUGAAAGGAAAAAUAUAUUUACAAGUCCUACCUUGUAAUUUGCACCGUAGUGGCUGGAUCAGCAAGCAUGAGUCUUCUUUUUCUGUUAAAUGUAUUAUUAUUAUUAUUAUUAUUAUUAUUAUGCUUUUGGGUUAAAAGGGUGGAGAAAAUAGAUAUAUUUGUACAAUGAAACCUUUCCUCCAUCAGCACAUGUAGCAAAAAACGAAAGAAAAAAGAGAACCUUACUUGACCCAUCCUCUCUGUUUGUCUGUCCGUCAGCCCCACUGUGGCUAGGUUAGGAUGUUCUCUGUUUAGAUGGAACAAUUUUGCACUGUAGCCAGAGCGCCUUUGGUGAAUGUGGAUUCUUUCUCCCUCUGUCUCUCUCUGUCUGUUCUUUCCCCUCCUCUGGCACACUGUAGACCUUCAGGCGCUCAAAAUCAACACUCCGAAUCUGUGUGUGUGUAUGUGUGUGUGCCGAGCUUUGCCUUUUGUCCUCACAAGCGUAUGUUCAGCAGAGAUGCCCCGGUCAUUGCCAUUCUUCUGGAGUGUUUGACAAACUUCUCACUUGUAUUAAGGGGAAGAACUCCCUGCUACCGUCCAGUGUUUCCCCCAUGUUCUUCACAGUAGGCGUAGCGAAGCCUCACCCCCAAAUCCAGCCGGCCACUCUCCCCGGGUCUCUGUGGUUACCGUGUCGAGUGGCGGGAGAGGUCUCCGGUAAAUGCUCACGACCUCACUUCCUCUCUGACAGCAGAGGUGCUACCGGGGGCCGAACCAUGUAUUUCAAAUGUACGUUAUGUCAACGGUUCCUCUCAUAGUCAAUAGCAAGACGAUUAUGGCUUUCUUUCACCAGAGUAAAAUUCAGCAUUACCAGGCUGCUUGGCAGAGCACUUAGUGGACUGACAGUGUUCAAAUAAUCUUGUGUUCCUUCUCUGAGGAAGUCUGUACUGAAAUUAAGGAAAAAGAAUAUUGUUUUAAUGCAUUCGUUAUGAGAUAUAGUUACGUAUUAAGUCUAUGCCCUGAUACUUAGAAUCAUCCACAGUAAAUGUCCACGUGCAAAAUUGUAUAUAUAUAUUUGAAUUUGACUUAUUUUUAACAUUUUUAAAAAGGCGCUCGCCUUUUGAGGGUUUUCUAUAACAAAGUGCCGCUCAGUUCAGUUCGCAAUAAAACUGAAACCCAGUGAUGUGCCAGAGAAAGGUGGGAACUAUCACUUGCAAGGGAAGAAGAAAAAAAUCUAUAGUCCGCGAGAAGAGGUUUGAACUAAGUCAUAAUGGCCUCCUUUGUGGUGGAUGUUAUAUGUCGAUCUUUCCAUAGAUGUGAAAAAUUAUUUGUAGAAAAAUAUUACCCAAAAAACUCAAAGUAUAAUUUUCUUUGUCGUUGUUGCAUGGAUGGAUAUUUUUUUAAGAAGAAUUAUAAUAUUACAUCUUUAUGACAACUUUGAAUGUGAGCUAAAAAAAAUACAUUUAUUUAAAAAACCCUG